AUGCACUCAUCUGACCGCCAAAAGGUGACCGAGUGGGCCAGCGGCGGCAGCCUGGCGUCCUUCCUGUCUGACCGUCGCCACCGCCGCGGCGUGCCCGAGGACCUGGCGGCCUUCAUACUGAGGCAGCUCUGGGCGGCGGUGGAGCGGCUGCACGAGCACCGCGUCGCCUACCGGGACAUCAAGGUGAAAGCGUUUUACCGCUGUUUGACCGUUGUUUGA